CGCCAAAAACGGAUAUUUGAAUCUGCUACACUUCCGUUCGCAACUUCGCACAUUGCGAAACAACAUUGUACAUGCAAGAGGCAAGAGCACGUGUUUGUGUUGGUGUCCUCCGCCAUUGUAUGUCAUCAUGUGCGGUCAAGUGCUUGGAUUUUUUAAAAUGAAUAUUGUUUAAUAAUUGUUCAGCUGUUAGCCAGGAAAAAAGACAACCGCAUUGUUGUACGUCUUUAAUUUUAAUAGGAUACUAUUUUGGACGUGCCAUGUUAAACGCAUAGAAUAAUUCUUUUCUAAAAAUGCAACCCUAACCUGUGAGGCGACUUAGGGAGAAAAGCUUUACAGUUAGCAAUACUGUAUUUUAAAGAAUCGCAUUAACUAAUCAGCUAAAAUACAAAAUGUUGCGUUUACAAAGUAUCGUUAACGCAAGCGACUCGCUCUGUUUUUCUUCGAUUGGAAGAAGAAAAGCGUUAAAAAGCGUAGGCAGCGCACAGAAUUUAAUUUUCAGGGCGCUUAUCACAAAUAGAAACGAAAAUAUCUUGUCUUCAGUUUCAUCGACGUCUACUACUAGUAGACUCUUAUUUAGAAAUUCCAUUUGGUUAAAGAUGCCAUGUAUGAAUGAAAUUCAUACACAAAUAAUACCGCGCUGUCAGGCUGGUAAAACUAAUCAAAUGAAUAACAUAAAUCUCAAAAUUGAAUUGAAUGAGGACGCGGAAAUAGCUGAUAAUGAAAAAAAUGGAGCGGGACCAAGAAGGCAUCAUAGCGAGAAACAGCUGCUUCAUAAACAAACUGCUUACCAUACAGAAAUUCUCAAGGAAUUUCCGAUACCGGUUUCUUCAUUGCAUAGCAUCUACUCGAUAGUCCAGUCACAGCUGAAACUCGAGCAAGCCAUUACUUUUACCUACGCAGAAAAGAAGCAAAAAUGGACUUGCAAUUGUACAGUGAAGUGGCCAGAAGAGCGGGUUUUUACUGCUACGGAUCGUUCGAAAAGAGGGUCGGCAUCUGCAGUAGCUUUACAAUGUUUGAACUGGCUGAAGGAAUCAGGAAAAUUAAAGAAUGGCUUGCCGGUUGUUUUUGAUGUAAGAAAAAUACAGUCGUCAUUGCGACAACCUUCUAGAAUACACCUCGAACUUCAGUUGCAAAAGAAAGUUGAGGAAUUACUUCACAAAUAUGAGACUUCCGUCAAACCAAUCAUAGCAAAAGCUGAAUUACCAAAGUUUGAGCUAACGGAGGAUGAUGCAGAUGUUGGCAAUUAUUCGAGAGAUAGUUGGACUGCCACUCUUAGGCAUAGGAAUAUUAUCAACAGGCCUAAAAUACAUUCUGAUGAUAGAAAUUCCGAACUUUAUAAGAGACUGCAAGAGAGGAAACCUGUUGGUUAUGAAUUACCCAUCAAUUCGUACAAGGAUGAAAUCCUGAAGCAGAUAGAAAAUAAUCAGAUAGUUCUGAUCAAAGGAGACACGGGUUGCGGGAAAACGACUCAAGUUCCUCAAUUCAUUAUAGAUAGUUUUACGAAAAAAGGUCAAGCCAGCAAAUGUAAUAUCGUAGUUACCCAACCUCGAAGAAUUUCUGCAACUUCACUUGCAGAUCGUAUUGCUCGCGAAAGAGGAGAAAGGUUAGGCGAUGUGGUUGGCUACAAAGUCAAGUUGCAACAACAUCUUCCCCAAACUCCCGGCGCGAUUUUAUUUUGCACGACUGGUGUAUUGCUCAAAAAAAUGCAGGACAAUCCCGACUUGAUUGGCUGUUCGCAUCUUAUCCUCGACGAAGCGCACGAAAGAAAUGUCGAUAUUGACAUGCUUCUAGCACUAUUGAAGCGGGUUGUGAAGAAAAACAGGGACAUCAAGAUCAUUAUAAUGUCGGCGACUUUAAAUGCGGACCUUUUUCAAAAUUACUUCGAAUGUGCGAGUUUAGAAAUUCCGGGAAAGUCAUACCCCGUGAAAAUGCACUUUGCAGAAGAUAUUGCUGAGCUGGUUCGUGCAAAAUGGAUUUUUGAAGAACCAGAGCAAAAGUACUAUCGGCCUCAAGUGGAGAGCGAUAAAGUGGCAAAGGUGGUGCAGUGGAUAAGUGAUAAUAAACCACAGGGCGCUAUUUUGUGCUUCCUGCCAGGAUGGACUGAAAUAGUCCAGGUGGAAAAGCUUUUAAAGGAGAAUAAUAGGAAAAGAAACAGACAAAUGGUGCUGCCUAUUCAUUCACUGUUGCCGCAUUAUGAUCAGCAAAAAAUUUUCGAGAAGCCUCCGUCGGGUGUAAGGAAAAUUAUUUUGGCCACAGACAUCGCCGAAACUGGAAUCACUGUACCGGAUGUCGUUUACGUUGUGGAUUCUGCGACUCAUAAGGAAGUUCGAUGGGAUAAAGUGAAGGAGGUCGAUACGAUGCAAAGUUAUAGGAUCUCGAAAGCAAAUCUUCAUCAAAGAAGGGGACGAGCAGGAAGAGUUCAGCCAGGUGAAAGUUUCCACUUAAUGACAAAGUCGGAAUACGAGCAAUUGAAACCAUUUCCUGCGCCUGAGAUAAAAUGUGUUUCUUUAGAAAGGGUUGCUCUCGAUUGUAAGUUAUACAGUAAGGAGAGAGUCGAGGAAUUUUUAUCAACGAUGAUCGAUCCUCCCGAUAAGCACGUUGUACGUACUUCUGUAGAAAAUCUUAUAAAGUUGGGAGCUUUGGAUAAGGAGGAGAAUCUCACAGCCCUCGGUAAAAAAAUGGGCAUGCUGACCCUUUCUCCUAUUCUUGGAAAAACCCUGAUUUAUUCCAGUAUUUUUAACUGUGUGGAUCCGAUUUUGACGUUAGUAACCUUAUUUUCGAUGAACAUCGAGAUCUUCAGAAAUGCUUUGAUACGUAAAGAUGAGAUUCGAUCUGUAAAAAGACGCUUCAGCUCUUCCAGUGACCAUCUUGCUUUGAGCUGGUUAUACAUGCAGUGGGAAGCUUUUAUGAAAAAAGACGAAGCACUCGCGGAAAAGUUUGCUGACGAAACUGGACUCAAUCACAUGCGAAUGUUUACUGUGAAAAAACUGAGAAAUCAACAUUCGCAACAUCUUGGCUCCGUGUUAGGAAUAAGGGAGAGUGUAGAAGAUGUUCCUACUCUAAAGCAAUAUUCGCAGAGCGAUGAAAUGGUGAAGGCAGUCAUUCUUUCAGGAGUUGAUCAUGUAGUAAAAUACGUAGGAUAUGAGAGGGUCCGCGACCGAUUUGUGAAAAGUAAUAGGGUUCUUCAAGACGAAAAUGGUAACGAUACGCGCACAACUCCAGAAAGUGUAAAUCAUUUGAGGGAGCAUUAUCCGACUCCUUAUUUCACUUACGUGAAGAAAACGUUUUCCGUUGAGAGGAGAAAGACGAUGAUUCGCGACUCCAGUGCGAUUAGCCCCUUGACAGUCAUGUUAUUCAGCCAGGGGCACAUUUUUGGAUAUGAGCAAAAAAAGGAGACUGAUUUAAGUACGCCGGAUAUGGAAUUGCCACGGCUUCGAGACAGCCAAAUUAUAAUUAAGGUUUCUGACAAGGAUAACGUAGCGUUGCUCUGUAGCGAAAAUGUUGCCAGCUUACUCUUUGAGUUCCGUGAUAGCAUAUGGGCUACUGUGCGCUACAUUGUAGAAAAUCAAGAACACUUCGCUUUGGAAUCUAGAGAUGUAGAAAUUGUUGAUAAUUAUAGAAAUGAAAUGCUAGAAGUACUUGACGAAAUUCUGACUGUAGCUGCCAAAAAUAUGAACUCGAACGUUCAAGACUCUAUGCAAUUCGAAUCCGAUCCCUUCGAUGUUGAAGACUCAUUUUGAUUUGUGAAAUCUCUUGCGUAGAUUAAAGUAACAUCAAAGUGCCGUUGUUCUCUGUAUAUAAUGUAGAUUAUGAUAACAUUUUUUAUAAAAUUCUGUAUUUGAAAACGAGUGAAAUCGGAUUGUUCUUCAAAGUGAAGGUCCUGGUUUGUGUAUAAAGACAAUUCGAGUACUAUUAAUAGAAACGGUUGAAGUAU